GGUUUGUUUUGCCUUGGUGGAACUCGCAGCAGGGUCAGCUCCUGCCCAGGCCCCGGCGUGGGGUUUUCCAUGCAGCAGUGAUGUCACACUUGGAGAUGGUGCUGCUGAAGCUCCGUUACCCCCAGAACGUUUGUGCUCAUGUGAUCUGUGCCCUGCAGAGCAGACCUUCUCCCAGGCUGAAAGUCUGGAGGCUUCCAAGUCUUACUCCUCAAGAAGUAAACUGUAAAGAGCUUUGCUAUUAUCAGAGCUCAGAACAAAAAGCACUUUUUUUGGAGACAGGAGGAGACGAGACAUUAUUUGUGGUUUGUUUUUGUUUCUUUCUUUUUGGCUGUCUGCGUUAAGUAGAGAUGAAGGCUGAAGUUUGUAAUCUUAGAAAACUGCCUUGGUAGCUACAAAGUCAGAGUGUUCCUAAGUCAGAAUGACUUUUGGAAUGUCCUCAAUACUUUAGGAUCGUGUAAUAAUUAAACUGAGUUCUCCACUUAUGCUGUCCAAAAUACUGCAUACGUGUAAGAGGAGUAAGUGGCGUCAGGCUGGGCUGUGAACAGGUGAGACAAGGAGAACAAAAGUCUGUUAUGUGAGGUAGGUGGGCAGCAUGUGCCCAGGACUGCUCAGAAGGUGAAAGCGGGGUCCCUGCACACCUCUCCAAGUGCAUUACAGUGCAGGCUUUCAGAAGGGGAAGGAAACGAAGCCUGGCAAGCACACUGUGCCAUUGCACUGCUCUUGGGAGAGUCAGCGUGUCCUGUUUUCAUUAUCCAGCGUGAAAAGGUUAUCUAGAUUAUUGGGACAACCUCUUAAAUUAUUCCUGCUAACACUUACAGCACAGCUGGGGCUUCCUGUAGAACUUUCACAUGCAUUACACUGCAGUGUUGCUCCUGGAGUUGGUGGAGCAUCUGCAGGCUCACUUGUUCUGUUUGACAGGCCAGCUUUUUACAGAGGCAAUGAAAGGAGAAGGGGAAUGGCUUUAAACUGAAAGAGGAGAGGUUGAGGUCAGAUGUGAGGAGGAAAUCCUUCCCUCGGGGCGGUGAGGCGCUGCAGUGCUGCACAGACCUGUGCUGCCCCGUCCCUGUGGGUGAGCGCUGGGCUGGGGGGCAGCCAGCACACAGCUGGGGAGUGGAGCUGCAUGGACUGAGGUUCCUUCCAACCCAAACUGUCCGUAAUCUAACUGAGGCUGCGUGACAACGAAGGCCACAGCCCCUAUAAAAAGCUGUGAUUUCAGGCCAGCUGCUCUCAUACAACAUUUCUGUUUGGCAAAAGCCUACCAUUGCAGUAACCCAAACCAGAAUUCUUGUUGGACUCUUCAUUACAAUUGGCAAGAAAAAUACAUAAGGGUGCAUAGAUCUUUCUGUUUUCUUUGCCUUUUAAUAGACUUAUUUUGGAGAAACGUGUGGGAGAGGAGCAUUUCCUGGCAGACUUUCUGUGCUUUACGUAAUUUGCUAUUGAGAGCUCUCAGCACUGCGGCUUCCUUCCUUUCUGUCAGCUUGGCAGUCAGAUCCCACCGAGCCCAGAUGUGUGGCGGGUUUGGACAGUCCCUCCCUUGGCACCAGGGAAUGCAGUGCUCCCAGCAGCCCUUUGUAGCCAACAAAAAUCUGUUUGUGCUUUUUCCCUCCUGCUGUUUCUGAAGCAGCGAGAGCGAUGUGCUGUGAAGGUGCCUUAUCCUCAGGCUCCCCAGAGAGCCUCAGCGGUACAAAGCAGCCAAUCUGACCAUGCUGUGUUGUCAGAAGAAGUUGAGGAGUGGAUGAGAGCCAGGGUACAAAGUGCAAAAGCGAGGAAGCCUGAGUCUUGGCUCAAAGGUGAUGUGGAGAUAACGAGACGAGCACUAUGCGCCUGGCACAGCCGGCUGCACGAAGACCUGCCGUCUGAUGCAAACAUGUGGUGACUUUGCGUGUGGUGAUUUGUCUACUGUAGAAACUGGAUGGCUUCUACGGUGAGCCUGGGUAAAGAAACAUUAUUGGAAGAUGGAAUGCCCCCCGCAAAAAAGCCCAGGAAGCUGUUGCCAAGCCUAAAAACCAAGAAGCCUCGGGAACUUGUUCUGGUGAUCGGAACCGGAAUCAGCGCUGCAGUUGCUCCCCAGGUCCCAGCUCUGAAGUCUUGGAAGGGUUUGAUCCAGGCCCUCCUGGAUGCCGCUAUUGACUUUGAUCUUCUGGAAGAUGAAGAAAGCAAAAGGUUUCAGAAGUGUCUUCAUGAGUACAAGAACUUGGUGCACAUUGCCCAUGACCUUAUCCAGAAGCUCUCUCCGCGCACAAGCAAUGUUCGCUCAACGUUUUUCAAAGACUGUCUGUACGAGGUGUUUGAUGACCUGGAAUCUAAAAUGGAAGAUUCUGGGAAACAGCUGCUUCAGUCAGUGCUUCACCUGAUGGAAAACGGGGCACUGGUGUUAACCACAAACUUCGACAACCUGCUGGAACUGUACGCAGCACACCAGGGGAAGCACCUGGAGUCUCUUGACCUGACGGAUGAGAAGAAGGUGCUGGAAUGGGCCCAGGAGAAGAGGCAGCUCAGCGUCCUGCACAUCCACGGUGUGUACACCAACCCCAGCGGCAUCGUGCUGCACCCAGCCGGCUACCAGAACGUGCUGCGCAACACCGAGGUGAUGCGAGAGAUUCAGAAGCUGUAUGAAAACAAGUCGUUCCUGUUCUUGGGCUGUGGUUGGACUGUUGAUGACACCACGUUUCAGGCCCUCUUUCUAGAAGCUGAGAAGCACAAGUCAGACCUGGAGCACUUCAUGCUCGUGCGGAGAGGAGAUGUGGACGAGUUUAAGAAGCUCCGUGAGAACAUGCUGGACAAGGGCAUUAAAGUGAUUUCCUAUGGAGAUGAGUACACAGACCUGCCUGAGUACUUUGGGAGGCUGGCGAGUGAGAUUGCCACGCGGGGCCGAGCAGAUGUGCCUAAGGAGGGACAACAACUGAACGGCUCCGCCGCAGCGCACGCUGAGAUAACAGGCUGCAGCACGUGAGCCGUGAGCCGCAGGCCAGGAGCGACGCCACGCUCCCACAGCACAGGGAGCUGCAGCACCGCGCGAGGGGAGGAGCAGCGCCCUGCUGACUGCUGAGAGCUGCUGCUGAGGCGGGCAGGCAGAGCCGAGGGCUGGGCCCCUCCUCACACAGAUACCUGACUGUCCUUUUUACCAAGGCUGGUUGCUGGGGGGUGAGGUCUCCCCACCUCAGCUGCAGCCUCCUGUAAUUUCAUACUUAAUGCCUUUGUAUUCUGUACUUUCACUUCAGAAUGAAACUUGAGCAGUUUUUGUUUUUUUUUUUUUUUUUUUUUUUUUACUUGAAGCUCUAGUUUUAUAGCCCUUCCUUUGUACUGUACAGUAUUUUGUAUGUUGAAGCUCCUAUUAAAGGUCUGUUCAGUUCCA